GUGCAUGUACAGGUGCCUUCUUACCUUUUGCCGAAAUUGAAACGAAUAUUUCUUCAAAAAGAUAUUCUAGUAAAGGUGAUGAUAAAUGAUGUACAGAAACUGAUAGAUGAAAACCGUUUCUAUGAAGGAAAAAGCCAUCAGAAAUCGUUGUCUUCCUCUGAUUACACAAAGCACCACUCAAUUAAAGAGCGUGAUCUGAAACAAAACUUUCUUCAAAAGGAUAUUCCAGUAAAGGUGAUGAUAAAUGAUGUACAGAAACUAAUAGAUGAAAACCCUGUCGAUGAAGGAAGAAGCCGACAGAAAUCGUUGUCUUCCUAUGAUUACACAAAGUAUCACUCAAUGGAUGAGAUAUACAAAUGGAUGGAUCAAAUAAAAGACACACGCAAAGAUCUCGUAACAUUACAUUAUCUGGGGCGGACCUAUGAGAUAAGACCAAUGUACUAUUUAAAAAUUGGUCUGCCAUCCGAUAGAAAGAAGAAAAUCUUUUGGAUGGACUGCGGAAUUCAUGCUCGUGAAUGGAUUUCGGUGGCAUUUUGUCAAUGGUUCAUUAAAGAAAUUCUUGAAAAUUACAACAGCAACCCUGUGAUCCACAAAGCACUUACACACAUAGAUUUCUAUAUUCUGCCUGUCCUAAAUAUUGAUGGAUUUAUUUAUUCCUGGACUACGGAACGUCUCUGGAGAAAAUCGCGCUCACCGCAUAACAAUGGAACUUGCUACGGGGUUGAUCUAAACAGAAACUUUGACACAAAGUGGUGCACAAUUGGCGCAUCCAAUAACUGUAGCGCCAUCAGAUUCUGUGGAACUGGCCCAGCCUCAGAACCGGAGGUCCAAGCUGUGUCUCAGCUGCUGAGCAGUCUUAAAUCUGAUAUCUUAUGUUUCCUGACAAUUCACUCAUACAGCCAACUCAUUCUCCUUCCCUACGGCUACACCACAAAUGCUUCAGCCAACCAUGAUGAACUGAUGGCCGUAGGGCUGAAUGCCACUACCGAAAUAGCGAAGCUUUAUGGUACACAAUAUAAAGUUGGAUCAUCAUCUAAACUACUGUAUAGCACUUCUGGCUCCUCACAGGAUUGGGCUGCCGAUCUGGGAAUUGAUCUAGCAUACACGUUUGAGCUUAGAGAUAAUGGUACAUAUGGAUUUAUACUUCCUGAAGAGCAGAUCAGACCUACGUGUGAGGAGACCACAGCUGGAAUUUUGUACAUUGUCGACUACAUCAAUGAAAAACAUUUUCCCAAUGCAGCAAAUAUGUUGUUGGCCACUUUGUGGCUUUAUUUAAGCCCAAUUUAUUUAUUAUUUUAAUAAUAGUAGUAAUAACUCAUAUGUGGAUUAUGCUGUUUGUAGUUACCGGCUAAACAGAAACAUGUAAAAGACAAUGUUUUACUUAAACUCCCUAAGGGUUCAAAUCUGUCAUUAAGCUCCCUUUAAUAAUUAAACGUAGCAAAAAAGACUUAUCUCAUAAUAUAACAACACAUUAUAACUGGAGUUGGAGUUUCAAAUUGGGACACAUUUAUUUUGACAUAUGAUCUAUUAUUUUUAUGAAGAUGCUAGCGUGGUGGCGAAAAAAGGGGAAAAAAAAACUAACGGGACAGCAACACGCAUUGAAUAACACAAUCAUUGGCGCUCAAUGCUCCCCAAUACAGGUCAGCAGGCCCGGGCGGGUGGAGUCAAAAUCUCCCAGUCAGGGCAAUAGGCCUAAUAUUUAUAGUAGUUUUCGAGGAGAGCGCACCCAAGAUUUUUAGCCAAUCCAGAUCUAAGCCUAAAAGUUGCCUAUUGAGGCCUAUCCUGACCCUUUACCUGGAGAUAAGAAUUUCUGAACUCUUGUCCUGUCCACCCUGACCCUUGCACGUAUCACAGAUCCCUGGAGUACAAUGAGCAUCGUGGUUUGUAACGAACAUUCCAGUCGCACGGCCGAACGCAGGAAGAUUGACAUGAAGUGGGCGUUUCUGGGUGUCAACUGACCAUUUUCAGGGAGUGCUUAGAAAAACGCAGACGUGGCAGAAAAAACGCAGGCGUGGCUGGGGGUUCGCUGGGCGGGUGUGUGACGUCAAAAGCCGUCCCUCCGUCGUUAGAAUCAACGCACAUGAAGAGUAACUACAGGGCUGGUCUUGUUUUGCACAAAAAGAUUUUGCAGGCGCUCUGCUGCACAGGCGUUCACACUUCUGCGAAGAGAAAAUACACUCCCCCGUGGGAGGCAGCAUAGCGUUUACACGGCUGCUAAAAACUGCUAGAGAGCGAUCAACUCGGAAUGACCCCCAAUAUCCUGAGCUGUCCAGUUUUCACGUCUCUGGACUCAGUGACAUCUUUAACCUCAUCCAUAGAUAUGCCUCCUUUUCCUGUCUGUAUUUAUCUUUGGGUUGCUUCCCAUAGACCACCACCUCCACUUCCACAAACCUCAUUUACACUCUCUUUUCUCUGUGAUAAAUUCACAUAUUUACAGAUACAGUAUGUGAAAUGAGUAGUUUAUACAUAUAUCUAAAAUGUAAAAAUAUUUUUUAAUUCAUAUAUUUACACUAAGAAUGCCAUUUAUGAGGUAAAUAUUGUAAGCAACAUACAUUUACUCUUAAAUAGGUAUAGAGUGAGGGAAAGGGUUAACGUGGUUCAUAUAUCUAUGCUGAAAAUUACAUGUUGAAGUGCCUAAAUUUAUUUACAGCGAUGUGAAUGUAGUUUUAAAUGCAUUUAAUGCUGACUGUAGGGCUUCACGGGGCUUCUAAUGGGUUAAUGUGCUGGUAGAAAGCUCUAAAAGGGCUCGUGUGCACCCCCCACCUGUCAAUCACUGUCUGUGAGGUAACUGCCGGAGUUUUUGGUGGGAAAAGAGCUGUUCAUGAUAGGUGACAGAGGGGUCAUGUGACUCGGGAUCUGGGGUUUGUACAGAGCUUUCAGCAGUGUGGUUGGGGUGAGACUAAAGAGUCUAUUUACCAAGCCUUAGAUGGAGAUAUGGAGAUAAAGUGGACGGAGAUAAAGUACCAGCGAAUCAGCUCCAAACUGCCAUGUGACAGGCUGUGUUUGAAAAGUGACAGUUAGGAGCUGGUUGGUUAGUACUGUAACUCCGUCCACUUUAUCUCCAUCUAAGGCUUAGUAAAUAAACCCCUAAAUCUUGUUGAUAUGUUACAUAUAUGUAUUAGACCGUUACAUCUCUAACUAUAUAUGAAAUUGUUGCCAUAGAAAUCUUUAUGGACUAAACUAAGCAUUAAACUUUACUCAUUGAAGAAUGUG